AUGCCUAAAUCCAAGCGCUCCCGCGUCGUGCACCUCACCAAAGUCGAUAAAAAGGGCAAGGAGCUUUCGCUCAAACUCUUUGCCAAUGUGCGCGAAUCGCUCGAUACCUAUCAGCAUUGUUUUGUGUUUAGUGUGGAAAAUAUGAGGAAUACUUAUUUGAAGGGUGUGAGGAAUGAGUUGAGCGAUUGUCGACUCUUCUUCGGCAAAACAAAAGUAAUGUCCAAAGCCCUCGGCAGCGACCCCUCCUCCGAAUACCAACCAAACACUUCCGUGCUCUCCCCCCAUCUGGUCGGCAACGUCGGUCUCCUCUUCACCAACCGCGAACCCUCCUCUAUCAUCUCCUUCUUCCAAGACCUCUCCAAAACAGAUUUUGCCCGCGCCGGAACCGAAGCUAGUAGAAAUUUCACCAUUCCCGCUGGAAUCGUCUACAGCAUGGGAGGAGAGAUUGCCACCGAGAACGAUGUUCCAAUGGCGCAUAGUCUGGAACCUGAAUUGAGAAAACUAAAUGUACCGACUACUUUAACAAAGGGAAAGAUUACGUUGGAGAAUCAUUAUUGUGUUUGUAAUGAGGGGGAUGUGUUAGAUAGUAGGCAGACUAGAUUGUUGAAGUUAUUUGGAGUGGCUACUGCAGAUUUCACUGUUCAAUUACUUGCAUACUGGAGCGCAGCCAACCAAGAAGUGACAGAGAUAGAGGCCACGGAAAUGAGCGAGUAA